AUGAGAGAAGGAGAGCAGAGUCAUGGCUUCUUCCCAGACAGCAGGAGAGACGGAGCGGCCCGUUUCACAGGGAGGAAGCCGACAGGAGAGGCGUCUCUUAUUUGUCUGUGUUUUCAGGAUGCGGUGGAGGACGGCACUGAAUCUGGCGCUCUGGAGUUGGUCUCAAUCACAGAAGAGGACCUUCCUGUCGUCGAGACGCCCACCACCUUCAACGUGAGCUCCUUCAGCAGUCAAAACAGCCACUCCAGUCACUUCUACGACCCGGACGCGCAGGACCCCCACGUCCCCGUCGAGCUGCCCGCCGCGGCCUCCGCUCCACUGCCCGUGUAUAAAACCCAUAACAUUCAGAUCCCGCCCAGCCCAGGGGUGCCCGUCAUCAAGGUCCAGCCCUUCUUGAACGGAGAAAGACUGUCAGACCUGAAGUCUUUGUGUUGGCCGUAUGUCUCUCGCAGAUUGCUGGCUCUGCUCAUCAUCUUGGGAUUGCUAAUCGUCUUGAUUCUGAUUCUAGGAAUAGGUUUGGGAGUGGGUCUGAAGAGUUGCUCAGGGAAGUUCCGCUGUCUGUCGUCGGUUCGGUGUAUCAGCAGACACGCUGUGUGUGACGGAGUCGAGGACUGUGGAGGUGGAGAAGACGAGCUCAACUGUGUGCGUGUGAGUGGCAGGAGCUCUGUGCUGCAGGUCUUCAGUAGAGGCUCAUGGAGGACGGUCUGCUCCGAAGGCUGGGGCUCUCACCUGGGGUCUGCAGCCUGCAGGCAACUGGGAUACAACAGCUACGUGAGCUCUACUAACGUGCCCAUCUCCUCCAUCGAAGCCGUCUUUCAGAAUAAUCUAGUGGCACUUAAUAUCAACCAGACUGGACUUCAAGACAACUUCAAACUACAAAACUCUUCAUACCUCAGAAAAACCCAAUGCACUUCUGCUGCAGUGACUUCUGUCAAGUGUAUAGAGUGUGGCUCCAGGCCAGCGGUCCACACUCGUAUCGUGGGAGGGAACGUGUCAGAGCCUGGGCUGGUCCCGUGGCAGGUCAGCCUGCAUUACCAGAACCAGCAUCUGUGUGGAGGAUCGGUCAUCAGUGAGCGCUGGGUUGUCACUGCUGCACACUGUGUGUACGGCUUUGCUCAGCCAGUGCUGUGGGCUGUGCAUGCUGGGAUAAUAGACCAGCCAUUGGGUGGAACUGGAGCUCUCUCUGUGGAGAAAAUCAUCUACCAUGCCAACUACAGGCCAGGAGGAUUCAGCUACAACAUAGCUCUAUUAAAGCUUAAACUACCUCUAUCUUUCAAUGACAAAGUGGUACCCAUCUGUUUGCCCAGUUAUGGCGAAAGCUUUAAGGAUGGACAGAUGUGUUUGAUCUCAGGCUGGGGAGCCACAGUGGAUGGCGGAGAGGCCAGUGGGUCCCUACACACCGCUCAGGUCCCGUUACAGUCCAGCAGAGACUGCCGCAGACAGGGCCUGACCUCCUGGAACAUCUGUACAGGAUUCUCGGCGGGUGGUGCUGGAACAUGUCAGGGGGACAGCGGAGGGCCACUGGCCUGUCAGGGGUCCGCUUGGACAUUGGUGGGGGCAGCCAGCUGGGCUGAGAGCUGUGGAGAAGCAAAUAAACCAGGGAUUUACACCAGCAUAAGUGAAGCUCUCACAUGGAUUCAGCAACAAAUGGAGAAAGAAGAGGAUCAGCGGCGCUGAGCAUCUCGCAGCGAAUGGGCUUCUAUUUCAAUACAUAACAUCCAACGUGACUUGUGAAGGAGAAUCUAUAUAUAAUAUGUGAUGCAUUCUAUAAUUUUCAUAUAUAAUUUACUACAAUGUGUUGAAAAUGUUUAUUUUUCUUAGGUAUUUGGAUUAUAGAAUAGUUUUUUUUAUAAAUAUUUAAUAUAGAUUGCCUUUUAACAUUUUUUAUUAAUUAUUUUGAACUUAAGAUUCAAAAAGUGAACACUGCAAAAAUUAUGCAGAAAUGCAAAAUUAAGCUUUAUGUGGUAAGUAUACAUUUACAACACUGUAUACAGAAUAUAUUAUAUUGCAUUAGGGCAUUUAUUACGAAAACCGUUUAUAUUUGAAUUAUCAUCAGUAGGAAUUUAAUGUACGACAAAUUACAAAAUGACCCAUAUAUUUAAAUAAUUCUUGUUAAUUCUAUUGACCAGAAUGAAAAAAAAAAAAAAAGUUUAUUUUAACUGUAUCUAUUUAUUGUACAUUAUUUAUUUGUGCUCAAUUAUUUAUCAUUCACCUAUCCAAGCAUGUCAAGACAUAUUUUAUAUGUAAGGCCAAAUGUAUACACGCUUAAUUAUUAUCUUCAUUAAAUUAAUGUUAAUAAAAGAUUUAGCACAUUAAAAUGACCUUCUCAAGUCUGUUUAGCUCCUCCGAGUCUCUGUAUUCUUGUCUUCACUUAUUUAGUUUUUGCUAGUGUUUCGGAAAUUACUAAACGCUAAUACGAACUAAAAGCCAACCAUUUCCACUUUCCAAGAACCACGCUGCAACUUCAUCCAGAGUCACUUGAUUAAUUUCUUUACCAGACUUUUUGAAUGUUACACUAAAAAUACUCUGACAUGAAUGCAGCUCAUGACCUCUGAAGGAUUUUACUACUGGAUGCAAAUACAAAUACAGACAACAAAGUGUCCUUCAGGAACAGUGUUCUUUAUUACAAAACCAAGAGUCUGAAAGGCAAGUCUGUGUUUUUGUGUGUGUGUGUGUGUGUGUGUGUGUAAGAGAGAAGCGAUUAUAGAAGCAAAGAGAAAAACGCUCAAAAAGCCCAAAGUGCAGCGUUUAGACCUCCCCAUGCUAAGCUAACGGAGUUUUGUCCUUUCGGGUUCGUCAUCUGACCGAUGGCAUCACAAGACUACUGCUGCAAAUGAAAAGCCGCUCAGUACAGACAGCCUACAGCACAUACUGAACACAUUUAAUAACCAGAAAACAGGGUAUAUGAGCUCAAUCAAGUGACGGCUGUAAAUGAAAGAAUUUCAUCUUGUAAAAUAGAAAAAAAAAAAAAAAAAAAAAAAAAAAAAA